AUGGCACCGCUGGAUCCCAACCGCUGGACGUUCACAGAGUAUGUGUGCUUUCUGCGAAGCCAUGGCUUUCAUAAUCUCGCUGGCCUUGACGCUUUCCUCCAAUGGGGACUCGAGGCUAGCCGAAUGCCGACAAUGCAACGACCUCAGCGAGCAACAGCCAUUCUUCUAGAAUUCGGCACGUCCAGCUUCAGAACGUCAGACCUUACAGACACUUCGAAACUCAGGGUGUUGUUAAAGGAAUGGACCAGAAGGUCUCCCGAAACACCGCCUACAUCGCCGGCUUCUGGUUCACAAGGACGCGGUGCUCGAGGGCGGAUCAUCAUGGUCAACAAUAUCAACCCGGAGAUGGUUGACACGCUUGGGAGUCUUCUUAAUAUUGAGCCGGCAUUCUUCGCCUCGCAUAUCAGUGACUCUGCCAUUGGCGGUGCUGGGGACGGCCAUACGGGAUCGCCACUAGCAUCACAAAAUCUAAAGCACCAGAAGAACUUCUUUUCAAUUGAAUACCCUUGCACGUUCCUGACCACAAACUGUGGGAAGGACGUCGACAUCGAGAAGCUCUACAGCAAAGGGAACUAUCACAGACGAGUCGAAGUUUGCUCGAGACAUGGAAGACAGAAAGUCGCCGUAGCCCGUCGAAAAAUCUCUUUCUAUAUGAAGAAGACUCUCGACCCAUGGAUAUGUGUGGUACUUGUUGACCCGCCCAUCUCCUUCUUCACGCUUGGAGCAGAACCAUACGGAGCGUACUCCCCGAGCCAACGCCUUGAAGUUGCCGGCUAUCAGGGAGGCUACCUUGACUUCCUUGAACAAAAGCCACCUUCAAACAGGAACGACCACGACUAUCGUUCAUGUGGUGCUAGGCCAAUGUGUCCCAAUCCAUUCGACGACCUCUGCCGACACUGGCAGAUCAUGGCCCGAGACGGCCUUCUCAACCCAGCCGACAAGAAUUUGGUCAACAUUAUGCGGCCAGCAUUUCAAAUUGCAGCCAGCGAAUGUACCAAUUUCUUUGACUACAUUCGGUCGACACUAGAAAGCCAGAUGAUCUCCACCUCCCUCACAGUCGACCCAACAAAGACGAAGAGGAUUCUGGACAAAGUUAUUUCCCUCGACUCGAUGCUCAGCAGAUACAAGCCCAUCCUGACGCGGAUUAAAACCUACCUCUCCUCCGACUCGGAAUUGAAUGAGGACUACCGGAGCCUCUUGAUCGACCUGCACCACUAUAGAGCAGAAUGCGACUCAAAAAUGCAGCACAUUCUCGCCGUCUCUCAAUGCCAAGAUACCUCCUCCCUCCGUUCAAUAGAGUCCGAUUCCCAACGUCAAGCAGAUUACUCACGUUACCUAACCAUCAUCGCCCUCAUCUACGCUCCUUUUGCACUGUCAUGCGCGAUAUUCAGCCUACCGCACGAUUUUGCCCCUGGAGCACAUUACUUCUACGGGCUUUUGCCUGCAACUGCCGGGGUGGCGAUUGUGUUUUUGUUGCUGGUCUUGCCGGAAGCGAGGGACCCCUUACCAAGCAUCAAGGCAGCAUUCUGCGGGAAGCUCACCAAGAAGAAAUUGCUUGCUAAACCGAGCAGUCGGGGUUCGAGAACAGGGCUCAAUGAGAAGUUGGACAUGGAUGAGGUAUAA